AUGUCGCGGAGGAAGCAAGCGAAGCCUCAACAUUUCCAAUCCGACCCCGAAGUGGCCUCGCUCCCCCGGCGAGAUGGAAACACAGAGAAGGGACAACCCAGUCGCACCACUAAGAGCAAGGAUGCCCAUGUCUGUGGCCGGUGCUGUGCCGAGUUCUUUGAGUUGUCAGAUCUCCUGCUCCACAAGAAGAACUGUACUAAAAAUCAAUUAGUUUUAAUCAUCAAUGAAAGCCCAGCCUCCCCACCCGAAACCUUCUCCCCCAGCCCCCCUCCGGAGAACCCCGAUGAACAAAUGAAUGACACGGUUGACAAGACAGAUCGAGGAGACUGCGGCGAGCUUCCCGAACACCACGGGCUUGACAGGGGCGAGUCCAUGGAGGUGGAGGCCCCGGGGGCCACCAAGGGCAGCGGCGGCACCCUGAGUGGCAGCCAGGCCGCCGCCACCCCCAGCUGCACGGGCGGCCCCUCCACAGGUACCUCAUCGCUCACAACCUCUCUACCUCAGCUCGGGGACCUGACGACACUGGGCAACUUCUCCGUGAUCAACAGCAACGUGAUCAUCGAGAACCUGCAGAGCACCAAGGUGGCGGUGGCCCAGUUCUCCCAGGAGGCGCGGGGCGGCGGGGCGGCGGGGGGCAAGCUGGCCGUGCCCGCCCUCAUGGAGCAGCUCCUGGCCCUGCAGCAGCAGCAGAUCCACCAGCUGCAACUGAUCGAGCAGAUUCGUCACCAAAUAUUGCUGUUGGCCUCUCAGAGCGCAGACUUGCCAGCAUCUUCUAGUCCUUCUCAAGGGACUUCACGAACAUCUGCCAACCCCUUGUCCACACUGAGUUCCCAUUUGUCUCAGCAGCUGGCAGCCGCCGCAGGAUUAGCACAGAGCCUGGCCAGCCAGUCUGCCAGCAUCGGCGGCGGGAAGCAGCUCCCCCCGGUCCAGCUACCUCAGGGCAGCGCUGGCAGCACCGCCGCCCCGCCCAGCAGCGGCUCCUCUCCCCACGGCAGCAUCUUGGCCACCGCAGUCACCACCCCAUCCUCGGAGAAGGCGGCCCCGAGCGCCGGCGCCUCCCACGCCAGCAGCCCGGGGGUCUCGGCAUCGUCCUCACCAGCUUUCGCAAUAAGCAGCUUACUGAGUCCUGCGUCUAACCCACUUCUACCUCAGCCGGCCCCUGCUAGCGCGGUGUUCCCCGGCCCUCUGCCUAACAUCGGAACCACCGCGGAGGACUUAAACUCCUUGUCUGCCUUGGCCCAGCAAAGGAAAAGCAAGCCACCAAAUGUCACUGCCUUCGAGGCGAAGAGCGCCUCGGACGAGGCGUUCUUCAAACACAAGUGCAGGUUCUGCGCGAAGGUCUUCGGGAGCGACAGUGCCUUGCAGAUCCACCUGCGCUCCCACACCGGGGAGAGGCCCUUCAAGUGCAACAUCUGCGGGAACAGGUUCUCCACCAAGGGCAACCUCAAAGUCCACUUCCAGCGCCACAAAGAGAAGUACCCUCACAUCCAGAUGAACCCCUACCCGGUGCCCGAGCAUCUGGACAACAUCCCCACCAGUACCGGCAUCCCCUACGGCAUGUCUAUCCCCCCCGAAAAGCCAGUCACCAGCUGGCUGGACACCAAACCGGUCCUGCCCACUCUCACCACCUCGGUCGGCCUGCCGCUGCCCCCCACCCUCCCGAGCCUCACGCCCUUCAUCAAGACCGAAGAGCCAGCCCCCAUCCCCAUCAGCCUUUCCACCGCCAGCCCCCCGGGCUCUGUCAAGAGUGACUCUGGGGCCCCCGAGCCCAUCGCAAGAAACCCGGGUGGGCUCCCAGAGGAUGCCGAGGGGUCCGCGGUGCCACCCACUGGUGGCAGAAGUGAAGAGAGCCUGGUGGCUGCCGGUCCCGCCCCGGCCGCGGGCAGCAGCGCCCUGAGCUCCCCGGCCACGGACUGUGGCCCGGCCAGUGCCACCGCCUUCACCAACCCUUUGCUGCCGCUCAUGUCCGAGCAGUUCAAAGCGAAGUUUCCCUUCGGGGGCCUGUUGGACUCGGCUCAGGCGUCAGAGACGUCCAAGCUUCAGCAGCUGGUAGAGAACAUUGACAAGAAGGCCGCCGACCCCAACGAGUGCAUCAUCUGCCACCGGGUCCUCAGCUGCCAGAGCGCCCUGAAGAUGCACUACCGCACACACACGGGGGAGCGGCCCUUCAAGUGUAAGACCUGCGGCCGGGCCUUCACCACGAAGGGCAACCUGAAGACCCACUACAGCGUGCACCGCGCCAUGCCCCCACUGCGCGUGCAGCACUCCUGCCCCAUCUGCCAGAAGAAGUUCACCAACGCCGUGGUCCUGCAGCAGCACAUCCGCAUGCACAUGGGCGGCCAGAUCCCCAACACGCCGCUGCCCGACGGCUACCCGGAGUCCAUGGAGUCGGACACGGGCUCCUUCGACGAGAAGAAUUUCGAUGACCUAGACAACUUCUCCGACGAGAACAUGGAAGACUGUCCUGAGGGCAGCAUCCCCGACACGCCCAGGUCCGCGGACGCGUCCCAGGACAGCCUGUCCUCUUCGCCGCUGCCCCUAGAGGUGUCCAGCAUCGCUGCUUUGGAGAAUCAGAUGAAGAUGAUCAGCGCUGGCCUGGCAGAGCAGCUGCAGGCCAGCCUGAAGUCGGUGGAGAACGGGUCCGUCGAGGGGGACGUCCUGACCAACGACUCGUCCUCGGUGGGCGGUGACAUGGAGAGCCAGAGUGCUGGCAGCCCGGCCGUCUCAGAGUCCACCUCCUCCAUGCAGGCUCUGUCCCCGUCCAACAGCACCCAGGAAUUCCACAAGUCCCCCAGCGUGGAGGAGAAGCCACAGAGGGUGGUCCCGGGCGAGUUUGCCAACGGUCUGUCUCCCACCCCGGUGAACGGUGGGGCUUUGGAUUUGACGUCCGGCCACACAGAGAAGAUCAUCAAAGAAGAUUCUUUGGGGAUCCUCUUCCCUUUCAGAGACCGGGGUAAAUUUAAAAACACUGCUUGUGACAUUUGUGGCAAAACAUUUGCUUGUCAGAGUGCCUUGGACAUUCACUACAGAAGUCAUACCAAAGAGAGACCGUUUAUUUGCACAGUCUGCAGCCGUGGCUUUUCCACAAAGGGCAACUUGAAGCAGCACAUGUUGACACAUCAGAUGCGGGACCUCCCGUCCCAGCUCUUCGAGCCCAGUUCCAACCUCGGCCCCAAUCAGAACUCGGCGGCGACUCCCGCCAACUCCUUGUCAUCUCUCAUCAAAACAGAGGUCAACGGCUUCGUGCAUGUCACUCCUCAGGACAGUAAGGACACCUCCACCGGCCACAUUCCUCCUGGGCCUCUGUCGGCGUCCGCCACGUCCCCGGUGCUGCUGCCGGCUCUGCCCAGGAGAACCCCCAAACAGCACUACUGCAACACCUGCGGCAAAACCUUCUCCUCCUCCAGUGCCCUGCAGAUCCACGAGCGGACGCACACUGGAGAGAAGCCCUUUGCUUGCACCAUCUGCGGACGAGCUUUCACGACAAAAGGCAAUCUUAAGGUACACAUGGGGACCCACAUGUGGAACAGCACCCCCGCGCGGCGGGGCCGGCGGCUCUCCGUAGACGGCCCCAUGACAUUUCUAGGAGGCAAUCCCGUCAAGUUCCCAGAAAUGUUCCAGAAGGAUUUGGCGGCCAGGUCAGGAAGCGGGGAUCCUUCCAGUUUCUGGAAUCAGUACGCUGCGGCGCUCUCCAACGGGCUGGCCAUGAAGGCCAACGAGAUCUCUGUCAUUCAGAACGGUGGCAUCCCUCCCAUCCCCGGGAGCCUGGGCAGCGGGAGCAGCUCCCCCGUCGGGGGGCUCACGGGCAAUCUGGAGAAGCUCCCGAACUCGGAGCCGAGCGCGCCCCUGGCCGGGCUGGAGAAAAUGGCCAGCAGCGAGAACACCACCAGCUUCCGUUUCACCCGCUUCGUGGAGGACAGCAAGGAGGUCGUCACCAGUUAAGGCAGCUCUGGCUGGAGACCCAGCAUUCUGUUCAGCUGGAGGCUCACAGGUGUCUCCUCCCCCUCGCCUCGUCCCUCCUGCUUUCCCCGGAUCGCUGAACUACCACAUCCUGAAGACUUUCUUUUGUACUUGGUUCGACUUCUAGAGUUCUAAGAAAGCUUAUUUAUUAGUGAUAUAACCUUGCUUUGCAAACCGAAUGCAAGCGUUAACUUUGGUCUUCUGUAUUUGGGACUAAAUACUAAUUGACUAGAGUGCUGUAAACUUGCUGUAACAUUUAUGGCGAUUGCAAGUUGCCCUGCUAGGCGGUCUUAAUCUGGCAUUAACUUAUUUUCUAUAUCCAGUUUAAUAUGAAUCUGGUGUUGAUGCAAUGCCUCCGUGAUGCAUUAGAUCUCUAAUAAA